CCUCUUCCCUGCCUCCCUUCUGCUCCUUCGUUUCAUGCGGGUCUGCAAUAAGGCAUUGUGGGAAACUCCCAGGGCGAUUUUUCCCCUCCCCCUCCCUUUCCUGUGCUCUUCCUCCGUUUCUCCUCUCUGCGGAACCUCCAGUUUCCCAGGUGUGACUUCAGGACACGGUCGGUGAGAAUCAAGGGUGACAUGUCCAAGGGGAAUAUUGUUUGAGUGGAGCAUCCUUCUGGGAGACUAAAUAUCAUCAGCUGGAAGAGGUCAAGCAGUUUAUAGUGGUUACUUUUAUGAAUGACUUUUGAGUUGUGAAGGCCAAGUGAAGGGAACUGUAUAAACAGCCUAAUAACUCUCUGGCUUGACCCAAGGAAAGGAGUGCACCGGUGUGGAAAAUGGAAUCUAAAGGAAGCACCCGAAGUGGAAACAAGCCCGAUGCCAAGAUUGCCAGCUCAGGAAAACCUGAGAAGCCUAACCCUGGGCCCACAACUACAGAUAAGAAAGAAAUGCCUCCUAAGGAGCAGCCAGCCCCUGCUACCACUACUCCAGCAAAAAAGAUGCCAGCAGCAGCAGCAAAUGAGGCCACAGCAGUGAACAACCACAGCAAUGUGAAGCCUAGCUCUGGUGUAGCAGCAACGGAGGGUCCUGCGGGUGUCUCGGAGCACAAAGAGAACAAUGCCGAUGAAUCCCCAGGAAGCAGCAUCUUUGAGAACAUGAAGCCACUGAUCAUCGUAGGAGGUGCAGCAGUGGCUGUCAUAGCUGUGAUUGUGGGUGUGGCUGUCUUAGCCCGAAAGAAAUAAGCCCCAAGAAGCACAGGGGAGACACCUUGGGCCUAUGUACAGUUCCUUUUGAAAUAAAUGCAUGCAGUAAACUCUAUACAUAUCUAUAAAUAUACAAUAUAUAUAGAGAGAGAGAGCCAGAUAGGCAGAAGUGCAACACUGGCAAUUGUCUUGUUCAAGACUAACGUGCCAUUGUUGGCCUAGUGUGAGCACUUGGUGCACUUGUCCUCUUUUGUGUAAUAUAAUUCAGCUUGCACUACUAUGUAUAGAGAGCUUCUUCUGGUCAGUAUAAACAACUGCUGGUUUCUUUCCCACAGUUCCUCUUCUUGCCUUUUCUCCAAAUGUUUAAAUAUAGCUCUAGUGACACAUUCAGUCUUUUGCUUUGUUAUAUUGGCUUGUGGUAGAGCAGAUGAAAGGGCAUUUCCCACCAACAGGGUCACGUGUUACUGUGCAAAAAUGUUUAGUGAUACAUAGGAAAAGGAUUUCUUUCUUAAUCCAAGGAGUGUGUGGUGUCCCCAUUACUUAGUCACUCCACCUUCUAAAACGCACUCCCUCCCCUGUCAUACAAAUUUCAAAAAGGAAGCCCUGGGAAGCCCUGAAACUUUGAGAAGUAGCCUGGCCUACUGAGAUCUACAGUGUAAUCUGAGGCCUAUCCAGACAUCAUCAAGGCCAUGCAAUAUAUUCCCAUUCCUAGUAGUGCGAACACCAGCCUGGUCACUGAUCUUGUGGGGUUUUGGAACUUAGAAGAAAAUUCUUUCUGUACAUGCAUGACAAGAGUCACUCUGAAGCCGCUGAUUGGCUAUGCUUUGGAAAGCAACCCUUGUAGAUUAUAGAUGCCUUUGAUUGAGAGUGCUUACAUCUCCAAAAAUUGGUGAGGCUCAGAGCCUACAAAAGAAACCUUCUGUGAGCAUGAAUGUUGGAUUAAUGCUAGAGAUGCUCCAUAGAAGGCUGAUCUGUCAUUGUGGGCUGUGCAAGGGGAAGAAGAGGGGGAAAGAAGCAGUUAUAAGAAUACAUAACGUCAGAGUUUGUUUUGAUUCUUUUCUCCUUUGGGAUGAUAAUGCUCCUUCAUUAUUCCUGCUCUCAGCUUGUAGCCUGUCAGCUUGUGGUUUACGGGGCUGGAAAUAUUUAGGUAUACAGCAUCCUAUCCCAGUGUAAAGACAUGGACUGGAUGGAUGAACUUUGGCUCUUUGACAUUUUACAACACCUAUAUUGGAAGGUAUCAAAGGAAUUGUAUAUAAUUCCUUUUCUUGUACAUGGAAAUGGACUUACUAGUACUAAUAUUUUUCUUAUAAUUUGAACUGACCAGUAUGUAAGAUGAAGGGAAAUUUCCAGCAUCUUUGCUUCAUUACUGGUUUCCUGAAAUAUUGAAAGCAGACCUUGAGAUGGAAAAGAAGCCAAGGGAAGUGUUGUGAAGUAGCUCUGUUUUGUCUACCAAAGAUCUAACCAUGGCCAUACAAACAGUGGAACAUAGACUGGAUUAUACCACAGCAGUGAUUGAAUAACUAUUCCAAACAAAUAUCUUCCAAAAAUAUAUUUUUGUUUCGUUUGUACCAGUGGAAAAUGUGGUUAGAUUGAACUAGUCUUUGUAAUACUGUUUUUGCUGCUGCUAGGUCAGGAGAUACACAAGCAACCAAGUUUCCAUUCUAGCGUGCAGUUGCUCAGAAAUUGAUGUGGGAACUAGAUUUUUUUGUAUCUUACAGUCCUUGUCUUUAAUUCUUAAACCUAGUGAAUUUCUU